CAGCGCUGAGGCCUCGUCCGUCUCGCGGUACUUGUGCUGGCCGGCGGGCGCGCGAACCGGUACUUGUUCCUGGCGGGCCGUCGUUUGUCUGCCUGUUGCGGGCUUCUGUCUGACUCCCGGGACCUCCGGGCCCAGCGAAAUGACGUCUGCCUUGGAGAACUACAUCAACCGAACUGUUGCUGUUAUUACUUCUGAUGGGAGAAUGAUUGUGGGAACGCUAAAGGGCUUUGACCAGACCAUUAACUUGAUUUUGGAUGAAAGCCAUGAGCGGGUGUUCAGCUCUUCACAGGGAGUAGAACAAGUAGUAUUAGGGUUGUACAUCGUGAGAGGUGAUAAUGUAGCCGUCAUCGGGGAAAUUGAUGAAGAGACAGAUUCUGCACUUGACUUGGGAAACAUCCGAGCAGAACCUCUGAACUCCGUAGCACACUGAAGAUUCCGUGUGUAGUUAGAUGUCUGUAAAUCUGUACAGAAGCUGCUUAGUCCGAAGAUGAUGUUUAGAUUUUUGUAUGAGUGUGUAAUUGUGGGUUUUGACUUCAUGUUGGUACACUGUAAUAUGUAAAUUUAAAUAUUUCUACAUUUUUAUUGGGAAACAUUGCCUAAAAACAAA